GCGCUGCGCCCGGCGGGCGUGAGGGCGGGCAGCGGCAGCGGCGGCGGCUACCGAAUCGCGGCCACAGUCUGCAACAGUAACCGAGCCAUGGCUCGAGCUGGCGGGCGGCGCGCCGGGCAAGCAGCAGCCGCGGCAGGCGCACGGGCCGCGUCAAGGGAGCCGGGGUCAGCACGAUUCUAAGAAAGAGAGGGGCGUGAGGGGGCCGGGCUGGGCGGGCUAGGGGCACCGCGCUCUCCCAACAGCGCGGAUCCUUUUUUGGAAAUUAAUAUUUAAAAAAAAAAAAAAAGCAAGCAAGCAGAGGGGAAGGUGGGAGCAAGAGAGAAGGCGAGACACACAGAGAAAGAGCGAGACACACAGCUCCCCACCGUAAGAGGAAGAAAGGCCACAGUCGCCGGCGGCUGCCGAUGUGAAGACUGGACUCCGUGCGCCCCUCGCCGCCUCUGCCCGGCCACAUCGAUGUUGCAGCCCGCUCGCCCGCAUCACGAUGAACGCGCAGCUGACCAUGGAGGCGAUCGGCGAGCUGCACGGGGUGAGCCAUGAGCCGGUGCCCGCCCCUGCCGACCUGCUGGGCGGCAGCCCUCACGCGCGCAGCUCCGUGGGGCACCGCGGCAGCCACCUGCCUCCCGCGCACCCGCGGUCCAUGGGCAUGGCGUCCCUGCUGGACGGCGGCAGCGGAGGCAGCGAUUAUCACCACCACCACCGCGCCCCUGAGCACAGCCUGGCUGGCCCCCUGCACCCCACCAUGACCAUGGCCUGUGAAACUCCCCCAGGUAUGAGCAUGCCGACCACCUACACCACCUUAACCCCUCUGCAGCCGCUGCCGCCCAUCUCCACCGUGUCCGACAAGUUCCCUCACCACCAUCACCACCACCAUCACCACCACCACCCACACCACCACCAGCGCCUGGCGGGCAACGUGAGCGGUAGUUUCACACUUAUGCGGGAUGAACGCGGGCUGGCCUCCAUGAAUAACCUCUAUACCCCCUACCACAAGGACGUGGCUAGCAUGGGCCAGAGCCUCUCGCCCCUCUCUGGCUCCGGUCUGGGCAGCAUUCACAACUCCCAGCAAGGGCUUCCCCACUAUGCCCAUCCUGGAGCGGCUAUGCCCACCGACAAGAUGCUCACCCCAAAUGGCUUUGAAGCCCACCACCCUGCCAUGCUCGGUCGCCACGGAGAGCAGCACCUCACGCCCACCUCGGCCGGCAUGGUGCCCAUCAACGGCCUUCCUCCACACCAUCCCCAUGCCCACCUGAAUGCCCAGGGCCACGGACAGCUCCUGGGCACAGCCCGGGAGCCCAACCCUUCGGUGACCGGCUCGCAGGUCAGCAAUGGAAGUAAUUCAGGGCAGAUGGAAGAGAUCAAUACCAAAGAGGUGGCGCAGCGUAUCACCACCGAGCUCAAACGUUACAGCAUCCCACAGGCCAUCUUCGCGCAGAGGGUGCUCUGCCGUUCCCAGGGGACCCUUUCGGACCUGCUGCGAAACCCCAAGCCCUGGAGCAAACUCAAGUCCGGCCGGGAGACCUUUCGGAGAAUGUGGAAGUGGCUGCAGGAGCCGGAGUUCCAGCGCAUGUCCGCGCUCCGCUUAGCAGCGUGCAAAAGGAAAGAGCAAGAACACGGGAAGGAUAGAGGCAACACCCCCAAAAAGCCCAGGCUGGUCUUCACAGACGUCCAACGUCGAACUCUACAUGCAAUAUUCAAGGAAAAUAAGCGUCCGUCCAAAGAAUUACAAAUCACCAUUUCCCAGCAGCUGGGGUUGGAGCUGAGCACUGUCAGCAACUUCUUCAUGAACGCGAGAAGGAGGAGUCUGGACAAAUGGCAAGACGAGGGCAGCUCCAAUUCAGGCAACUCCUCCUCUUCAUCAAGCACUUGUACCAAAGCAUGAAGGAAGAACCACGGACUAGAACCUCGGUGGAAAAGCUUUAAAUUUAAUUUAAAAAAAGAAAAAAAAGUUUUUAAAGACCAGGACCUCGAGAUAGCAGGUUUAUACUUAGAAAUAUUUGAAGAAAUAAAAGUGGUAUUUAUAGUCCAAAGAAACCAAAGACUGGAGCUCACCUGCAUUCUGACUUUGUUCCGAGACACUUCAGCGGGGCAAAACUUGGCAAGAGAAAGGAUCGGGAAAACAUCGGAUCUCACGCCUUCAACCCUUGCGCCGCACUGUGCUUGGCUGCUCCGUGGCUCGAAGCACAGUAAUGUCUGAGCCAUUGAGCGGUCAUCUUUUAAGAUCAGACAUUCUCAUCUCUUCCACUACACCACAAAGGUGUAUCGUGUCUCAAUAUCAUGUGUGGGCGGGUGUGCGGGUGCACACCCACCCACCACCACCAGUGGUUAGGGACUCAGGCAGGGCUGGUCUUCAGGAAGGGUUGCACCAUAGGAGUGUGACCCACACAGUGUGGGAUUUCCAAAUUCAUUGGAUUUAAGGUGUGAUUUCUCUCUUCUAGCCUAGCGUUUGAACCUGCCAGGCCCACAACCUAAAUGCAGAUUCAAACCCAGCAAAGAUCAUUUGAAUGGCGCCUAAACCAGUGCACUCUCUUUGUUUGUUAAGAAAUGUUCAGAUAUUUUUUAAAGAAAAGUGAAACAAGAGUCCAUCCAUUAAAAAAAAAAUCACCCAGGUACCAAAGAACACACAAUAUUAUAGUACAGGUAUUUUAUUGCAAUGAUUUUAAUAACCAAAGCUAUUUUUACACAAGAUACUAUGUAAAGUUAUACGUAUGAACUGAUCUAGCUGUAAUCCACAUGCCACGUAGAUUCAGGACUAUUAUCUAUGACUCUUGAGGCAUUUGAAAUAUGAGUUUUCAGAACUGGCAAGAAAGAAUGUGGCUUCGGGGAAGCAGUUACCACCAUGGCAGAGAGGUCGACGUGGUGCACAUGGGAUCCAUAAAUGUCACUUCCAUAGAGAAAAGACAUAAUGCAUCAUCUACACGUAGCCAAGAUGUGAGGACUCUUCAGAGUAGGUCCCCAUAUAAACACUAGGAAACUAAAGCUUACCAGGGCAGAUAACUGAAUUAGAAAAAUUGUCCGAAGUGAUCAUUUUUAG